AUGAGCGAAGAGAGAGUGACAGAUGAUACCGCCCAUAAACUGAACUCGGCCGACUACAGCGAGGCCAAGACUCAUCUUGAGCAGCUCCAGCAGACGCUGACGCACUUGGAUCACCAUCAUCAUCAUCCCCAUACGCAUCCACAUCCUCAUGCCCUUCAUCACCACGGACUAUAUCACACUGCGCCAAAUACAUCGACUAUAACCACAGAUUCGGUGGUUUCCUGUGUCACCUCAACAUUGCCGGUUGUCGGCAAGGCCAUAUCCUCAUCCUCAUCUUCCUCCAGCUGCGACAAUUCGGAGACAGAGCGCAAGAAAUGCCAUACCCACAGUCACAGUCAUAGCGAAAUGGAUGUGAGCCACACGCUUAUGGAAGCCAUCUGCACGCUCCCGCUGCCCACGCAUGGCCAAAGGUCGCCGCCCUGCUGCCUGGCCAUGGCCGGAAAUUCCACGCCUCCUGCAGGAGCUCUGAUGAAUGGCUUGGCGACCAAUGCGAACGGAGGAGCCACCGCCCUAUGCAAUGAUCUUGUACGCGAAUCAUCAUGGUAUGCGCAUCACCACCAUCACCAUCACCACCAUCAGUUGGCCGAUGAGUUGGUCAUGUACACAACGCCAGCGCCGACGGCGGCAGCCGCCAUUGGUAAAUUUGGACUGGACACAUCCACGGAGGGUUACUUGAACGCAAGGUACAAUGUGAAUGUCAAAGGCGUGCGCCAUGAAAGAACAUCAACUUUCUUCGACUUACCCGCUGUGACGCACCCGCAUCCGCACCCACACCCGCACCCUCAUCCGCAUCCAUAUUGCUACAGGUUUCCACCAUCGCCACCCGCGGGCAUUUUGAAAAAGAGCGACGAAGAAACGGCCGCUGCUGCCGCCGCCGCUGCGGCAGCUGCUGCAUAUUGCAACGAUGUAACGGUUGGUCAGAACUUCCAUCAGCAUAACACCAAGAUUGAGCAUGCCGACUCCACCACAACGGCCGCUGCAGCACAGCAGCACCAUCAACAACAGCACCAGCAGCAGCAGCAACAACAGCAGCAGCAGCAGCAACAACAGCAGCAGCAGCAACAGCAUCAGCAGCAUCAUGAUGCACUGCAUCCACAUGCGCACAGUCACCAGCAGACGCAGCAGAGUGUACAUCAGCAGUCACAUACCCACCUGACUCCGGUGCAGGCUGCCUCCGCCUUCAAGUUUAGUCACACCGCCGUCAUAUCCAGUUCGGCUGUCUAUGCCACGCCCACGCACUACUCGACCCACCUGCAGCAGCCGCAGUCACAGACACAUAGCAGUGUCUACCGCGACAUUUCACCCACUACUGGAACCGGCAGCGAGCAAGAUCUGAAGUAUGACAGUGGUCCUUAUAAUGCUACCAUAUCUUCCACCUAUCCGCCGCCAUUGCGUCCCAGUGUGGUGGACUCAACCACCUCCAGCGAUGCGGAACUGCGCCUGGAUCAAUUCUAUGCCAGCAAUGCAAUCUCCACCAGCAGCAACGGGCAGACCAUUAGCCAGCGUCGUGGAUCACUCCAGCUGUGGCAGUUUCUUGUGGCACUCUUAGAUGAGCCCGCUACCAGUUCCAGCUGCAUUGCCUGGACAGGACGUGGCAUGGAGUUUAAGCUCAUCGAACCGGAGGAGGUGGCACGUCGUUGGGGCAUACAGAAGAAUAGGCCGGCUAUGAACUAUGACAAACUGUCGCGUAGCCUGCGCUAUUACUACGAGAAGGGAAUCAUGCAGAAGGUGAACGGGGAGCGCUAUGUCUAUCGGUUUGUCUGUGAUCCGGACGCACUGUUCAACAUGGCAUAUGGGCACCUAACCAGCAAGCAAGCCGAUCAGCAGCAUCAGUUGACCUUGUCGCUGGCCAAGUCAUCGCCGGAGUCGCAAUCGCAAUCGCUUCGCGUGCAAAAAUCGACGGCAGCGGAUUACUAUGACAGUGACUUGCAUAAGUAUCAGUAGGCGGAGUGUGGGAACCUCGCUUUGUGGGUGUAACCACCUCUCAUGUACAUUGUGUAAUUUAUUUCGGUGUUCAGUAUGUAUGUGUGUGUGUGUGCGUGUGUGUGAGCGUGUGUUGAGAAAAAAAAUACCACAUUUCUAACGGACAAACUGGAAAAUAAGUGUUGACUAGCGAGGAGUGCUAUGAAGCGUGUAUCGAUGAAUCGGCGUCUAUCGCGAAGCGAUCACAGUUCCACAACCGUUAGGCAGUCAAAUUUAGACUGUACAUUUACGGACAACGAAAUGUGUACUGUGGACCGG